GGAAGGGCAAUCUGUGUUUGUUGUACUCGUAGACGGACAAAACCUCGGACCCGAGAUAUUGUAAGCCAACAUUUGCAGACCAGGGUCCCAAAAGCUCACAAGAGCAAAACAGAAGACAACCAUCAAACUAAAGUAAACCAAAUGGAUGUGACCUCCUGGCCUUGCUACCCAUCUCGAUAACCCACAAUAACUCAUCUGAUGCAUACCAGAGAUACUAGCAAACGCCGCCACCGCCGCCAUCGUACUAAAAAUUUCGAAACUUUAUUUGACCGUGAGUAGACUUAUCCAGGCGGAUAUCGAGGUGGAAAUCGAGGUGUUCGGUUGGAUGAUGGUGACGGCCGCAGAUAUCAAUAAACCCGUCCCACAGCAUGAGGAUGAGGUCCAAAGAAAUAAAAGUACAGGCCCGAAUUGCACCUGUACCACAAGGGAGGUUGAGAUCUGUUCGGAGGUUAAAGGGUUGUUCCACUCAAGUGAACCGGACACCAGCAUCGGUGCAAUGCUCAGACCCGUGUGCAUGGGCAAGGACAAGCAGGACAAGAAGCUGAUAGUCCCAAAGGAGGCAAUUGUGCAAAUCGCUGGCUGGGGAACUGCCGGUGAGGUCCUGUAUCGGGUACUUGAGCCGUGCAUUAAGUCAUCGGGUGCUGGAUAUGUUUGUGUUGCGGCCCGUCCGGGUCCGCCGCAACACGGUGUGAUAAGAUGAACGCGCAC